CGAAAUAUUCUUGAUUAUAUUAUGACAAGUAGUACCACAUGGGAUACAAAUAACCCUAGCUACCUUGCUGAACUGUAAUCUACCUCUUAUAUCAUAUAUACCCCACCAUAGAAAUACAUCAAAUUAAAAUAUUCCACGUCAUAUUUUUACCUAAUUAAAUCAAAAUUAAAAAAAAAAAAAAAGGAAAAAUAAUGAUAAAAAAUAAAAGCAUAAAAGGCCUACACAACAACAAAACACACUGUCUCUUCUCUUCCUAAACAACAAACACAAAGAAAUGACGACAAACUCCCACCAUUCCACCACCAGUUCCUCCGCCACCACCAGCCGGAAAAGGCAAAGGAGUAGCACGAGUUCAGCCACGGAAAGCGAAUCGGAUCAAGAAAUAUCGACCCCUAAAUUCAGAGGAGUAAGGCUAAGAACAUGGGGGAAAUGGGUGUCGGAAAUCCGAGAACCAAGAAAGAAAUCAAGAAUAUGGCUUGGUACUUAUCCAACCGCUGAGAUGGCGGCGCGUGCUCAUGACGUAGCUGCACUCGCCAUCAAAGGCCACCGCGCUUUCCUCAACUUCCCUCAACUCAAACACCAACUCCCUCGCCCCGCCUCCCUCUCCGCCAAAGAUAUUCAAGCCGCCGCCGCACAAGCUGCUGCGCUCAAACACGAACCCGAAACGGCCACAUCGUGUCGUGGAGAAGAAGAAGAAAGUACAUGGUUUGAUUUGCCGGAUCUAAUAGUUAGCAAUGGGUUCUUGUUGGGUCUUGAUGAGAAUUAUUCUUCGUCAUGUUCGUCGUCCUCGUCGUCCACGUCGUGGCAAUUUCUUGUAGAUGAUCAUGAGGACAACCAUUUUCAAUGGCACUCUGAUUUUUCUCAUACUAUUUUUCCUGUUUGAGUUUUUUUUCUUUUUGAAUUAAUUAAAUUCAGCUUUUUGUAAUAUUCUCUAUUACCAAAAGAGAAAAAAAGAAAAAAAAAAAAAAGAAAGAGGGAAGAAGGAUGGUUGAGUUUGCUUGUUUGCUUGGACAACUUAUAUAUAUAUAUGUUUAUUUAUUUAUA